UUUACUAUCAAACUCUUCUAGCAUCCCUACAAUCUCCUCCGUCCUCAUCCACAACAAACCAUGUUCAUACUCGCCAUAAAACUUCUCUUCUGCUUCUCUUUAGUUUACAUCUAUUUAAUCAAUACCAUCACCCUUGCGCAACCCGUUUUAGUUUACAAUCGUUGUCAAAACAAAGAAAACUUCACCAUAAAUAGUACGUACCAAACGAAUCUAAACGCGACCCUCUCCGCCCUCCACACCACCAACUCCGGCUUAGGUUUCUUCAACUUUUCCGCGGGAGAAGGAAACAAUACGGUCAACUCUAUCGCACUUUGUCGAGGUGAUGUCGGUCCAGAUGCGUGCAGCAUUUGUCUAAAUGAGUCCAUAGUUAACUUGCGGAGACUUUGCCCUAACCAAAAGGAAGCAAUAGCAGGCUACGACAUAUGUUUGUUGCAAUACUCCAACAAUGAUUUAUUGGUUUACCCACAAGAAAAAGAUUAUUUUGUUCAGUUUAAUCCACGGAUUGCAACGGAUAUUGACAGGUUUAAUGGUGCGCUGCGGCCAUUAAUGGACGAGCUGAGAGGUACCGCAGCCGCUGGAGGUCCGCUACUAAAGUUUGCAGCGGGGAACAGGACCGGUCCGGAUUUCGAUAGGAUUUAUGGUCUUGUGCAGUGUUCUCCAUACUUAACGGAGGAGCAGUGUAGUGAAUGUUUGGAGGAUCAAGUGAGUAGGAUAGGGCUUCAUGAUAAUGGGAAAAUGGGAGGAAAAAUUGUUCUACCUACUUGCAAUUUUAGGUUCGAGAUAUAUCCGUUUUUUAACCAGAGUGCUCUAGCCAUUCCCUCACCACCAGUUCGGCCUCCCUCACCAUCAUCGUCACCACCACCAGGAAAAAAUAAAAACACAACACGAACGGUAAUAAUAGUAAUCGUUAUUGUGACAACCAUCAUUGUCAUUAUAAUUGCUUCACUUUGUGUCUUCUUGAGAUCAAGAAAAAAGAAUAAGCGAGCUCCACCUCCACUCAUCGAGAGGAUUCAAUCUGAAACAAUUGACAUCGGGACUCCUGAAUCUUUGCAAUACAACUUUAGCACAAUGAAAGCUGCAACAAAUGAUUUUUCUCAAGAAAAUAAGCUUGGAGCGGGUGGAUUUGGACCUGUUUAUAGGGGUAGGCUUGAAGAUGGUCAUGAAAUAGCAGUAAAAAGGUUAUCAAAAAAUUCUGGACAAGGUGAUUUAGAAUUCAAGAACGAGGUUUUGCUCGUUGCAAAGCUUCAACAUCGUAAUUUGGUUAGACUAUUGGGUUUCAGCAUAAAAGGAAAUGAACGACUUCUCAUAUACGAGUACAUGCAAAAUGCAAGUCUUGAUAACUUUUUAUUUGAUCCAACAAAGCGCAUGUUUCUUGAUUGGGAAAAGCGAUACAAUAUCAUCAACGGCGUUGCAAAGGGGCUUUUAUACCUUCAUGAAGAUUCGCGUCUAAAGAUAAUUCAUCGUGAUUUGAAAGCUAGUAACGUGCUAUUAGAUGAAGAAAUGAAUGCUAAAAUUGCAGAUUUUGGCAUGGCUAAGUUGUUUAAACCCGAUGAAACCCAAGGCAACACAAAUCGAAUCGUCGGAACCUAUGGUUAUAUGGCACCGGAAUAUGCCAUGCAUGGUCAAUUCUCUGUAAAGUCGGAUGUCUUUAGCUUUGGGGUGUUGGUUUUAGAGAUGAUAACAGGUCAAAAGAAUCAACAUUUUCGGAAUGGAGAGAACAUUGAAGAUCUUCUUAGCUUUGCUUGGUAAAGUUGGAAUAAAGGGACAGGGAUAGACAUGAUUGAUCCCACAUUAAAGACAAGACCAGGUUCAUUGCGCAACAUCAUUAGAAGUAUUCACAUUGGGUUAUUAUGCGUUCAGGAAAAUAUUACUAAUAGACCAACCAUGGCAACGGUAGUUCUUAUGCUUAAUAGUUUGUCUAUCACGCUUCCAGUACCCUCAGAACCUGCAUUUUUCAUGCGAACUAUCACUAAUCCUGAAAAGCCACUCCUUCAAGAGUAUAGUUCUUCGGCGGGGAGUAGUAGUUUUGGAAACCCUAAUGUAUUAAUAGCAAAGCCAAGUUCACGUGAUCAAAUGUCAAUAAAUGACGUUUCAAUAUCUGAGAUCGAUCCUAGAUAAGGAUUUUGAAUGCAUUUAUAUUUUAUUGGUGUGAUUU